CUGCCAGUCACUUGGCAAGAACAGUCCAGCCUCUGCUCUGUUUGCUCUAUGAAUUGACAGAUGUGCUUGGUUUGAGGACACAUACAGUUCUUGAUGGGAAGGAAACUCUUGUUUAGUUUUUCACUUCUGUUUUUAUGUAUGGUGUUUUCAGUCACUUUGGACCAGAUACUCGCCAGGAAGAAUGUAAGCUCUCAAGCGGCUUCAAGUAAAGGCGUGAUUGUACGGAGUGGUCAAAAGAAUAGCGGAGAGAUGAAGCCAGUCCAGAAUUUCACAGCGACCCCUGUCACACAGACUUUCGACCACAAUCCAAGCAAACAACAGUGGAGGAGCCCGUUCAGCUAUCACAAUCCUGUUAAGUUUUCCAGGGAUGGGAUGCCUUGCAUUCUCUUCUGGACCAAAAGAGUCACAGUGAAGUUUAAGAACCAGACCUGGCUGGACCUCACAGAUGAAGCACUGGGUCAGAACACAGCAGUAGACACUGGCAACUCGAACUGCAGUGAAGAAAGUGCCACGUUGUCUUUGAAGUUUGGCGAUGCUGAAAAUCCCAAGGACAUUGGCAUAAGGUUCACCCUAAGCAAUUACAACAAGCUAUCCAGCCAGAGUUGGUUUAGUUUACACCGAGUCGAGAUUAUCUUCAACAAUUCGGUGCAAGCAACUUUUAACGCGACCGGUAUCUAUGCUCUGUCGAGUUACUCGUACCGCUGCCAACGCGUAAGCAGCUUGCGGCGGAAUGAUGCCCUGCUGUUGCUUAGCAGCUCAGAUGAUGUGACGAGCCUGUGGGAAGUCACGUUUAUUGAUUUCCAGAUUCAAGGCUUCUCCAUCAAAGGGGCGCAGUUUGCGCAGGCGCAAGACUGUGGCUCCUCCUUCUCACCUGCGGUUUUGAUUGGCCUGGCCAUGUCUCUUAUUCUGUUGCUGGUGCUGGCCUACGCUCUGCACAUGCUCAUCUACUUGCGCUAUCUGGACCGACACUAUGAGUUCAUCACCUCCCCUGCCCACUUCCCAUCUCUGAGAGCGCUGGAUACAGGGGAGGAGAAGGAGCUGCUGGGGAGCCAGGGGGCUGAGUGCUACGAGCUGAGGAGCCAACAGAUCUGCAAAAUCUAUAUUUAGCGGCGCAAGUCCCUGCCUCCUCGAACCAAGGCCACAACUAUUUCUGAAAGACACUGUUCUCUGUCUUUUGUGAUGUCUGACUUGUGAACUGUUUGAUUAAAAAAAGAGAAAA